GCCGGCAGUUUAUAGGUUAAGUUUUAUACUCCCGCGAGAACACGCGUGUAUGUAAAUAAAUAUAAAAAAUGACAUUGUGACCGACACUUUACUCUGAAUAUUCAAACAAUUUGUUUCGCUUGUGUUUGAGUUAACGUAAUGUGUUAUUAUUGUAUUUCAUGUUGGUGCUUGGUAUUGCGCACAAAAUCACCGUUCUCGUGUGCAUGAUCGUUUGUCUGUAUCUCGAGAUUUGUCGCAUGUUGAACGACCCGGACCUUUUGAGAUAUGUUGGAAUUUUGUCCGCUCUGUAUGAAAAAUGGUCUUGAAAACAAGGUCAGGAUAUUUCAACUCAAUUUGGAAGAAGCUGUGUGGGCCUGUGAAGCGCCGGAUUGUGUGUGGCCAAUUGGUUAUGAAGAUCUGACAUUUAUUAGAAAUGUACUUGAUCUCAGUAACGAAGGAGGAACAAGUUCUUCUACAGAAAAUGUUCCCGAUAACACAAAACAGAAAAGUUCUUCUGAAGAGAACGUUCUUAUUAAUACAGAAGAAACGAGUUUUUCUAGAGAGAAUGUUUACAAUACGUUUCCUGCACACAAGAAACAAGAUUUUUUAGAAAGAACAUUUAAAACAGAAACAAGUUCUUCGGAAGUAAACAGUUUCAGUGAUACAGAAGAAACAAAUGUUUGUAAAAAAAUCGUUUCCACUAACACUGAAGAAACAAACUCUUCUAGAGAAACUAUACCUAUUCCAAUGGAACUUUCGCUCUAUACUCCACCUGUAACUCCUAUGGGAGGAGAGCUCUCUAAAGAAGUAAAUAUGAGUAUUUUGAGUCCUGAGAAUGCCUCCAAUUUAAUAGAGGAUAAAUCUGAUGAAUUGCUCAGAGAUGAAUCCAUUAGCUCAGUAAAACAAUUCAAGAAAAAUGUUAAUCACUUAUCAACAUCUGAAUUGUCAGAAGGAGAAAUUGACAAUUUUAUCAAGAAAAGCGAAAAUAUCGAAAAAGAAGAGAGUAAAAGAGCUGGUAAAGUAUUGCCUAAGAUCACUAACAUUGAAAAGACCAAUAUCGAUCUGAAAAUUUAUUCGGACAAAACUGAACGAUAUAAAGCGCAAGAUGAUUCAAAACAACAAGAAUGUACAGAAGUAUUUACAAAUACACUUGUAACAGAAGUUGCAAAAGAUUAUAAUAUAUUGACUGAUUAUAAAUGGUGCAAUGAAAGUGGCUUAGAUGAGCAGCAGAAAGAGAAUAAAAAGGAUGAAUCAAAUAAUAAUCAGGUGACACAGAGAUUACAACCAGAUAAUACGGAGAUAAUAACGGUAACCAAUUCGUGCAAAGAAGUGGUGCCGGGAGCACAACCGGUAAUUAACACAUAUGCGAACUUAGACACGUCGAACUGUUCCUCUUUGAAUAUUUCAAGCGAUUUGAACUUUGAAGACAUAUUGGGCGAUAUUUCGUCACUUAAUGAUGAUAAUAUGAUGGAAAAAAUUGAUACAGAAUGGCUGAAAUUCUUAGAAAGCUGACAGUAUUCAGUUUUGCUAUUAACUUAAUGAAAUUAUAUUGUAUAUCAAGACUGAAAGUGAAACAGUUAUAGAUUUAGUAGUUAUGUUUUGUUGUAAAAUUUAUUUUUACUUUUUGUGAUAAUAAAAGUGCAUAAAAUCGCACUGGAGCUGAUCUAGUUCACCAAUGGCUCAAUCUCCCAUAAAGUAUAUUAUUUUUGUCAUAAGAAUUAUGUGUAAGCAGAGAGUCGACUUCGAAACUUAAAUUAAAUUUAGAUAAUAACUAAAAUUACUUUUCUCUCCUCUCUCAUUCUAAUGUGUGUGAAAUA